UCUCAGAUCUUUGGAGAAACGGAGCCGGUGAGGAUGGUGUCCGAGGGUUCAGACUGCCGCUGUAAGUGCGUAAUGCGCCCGCUGAGCAUCGAGGCGUGUUCCAGGCUGCGGGACGGGACCCUCCGCACCGAGGACUUUUACACCGUAGAGACGGUCAGCUCGGGUUCGGACUGCAAGUGCUCCUGCACGGCGCCUCCCUCCUCUCUCAACCCCUGCGAGAAUGAGUGGAGGACGGAGAAACUGAGGAAACAGGCUCCCGAGCUGCUCAAGCUCCACUCCAUGGUCGACCUGCUGGAGGGGACGUUGUUCAGUAUGGAUCUGAUGAAAGUCCAUGCAUACAUGAACAAAGUUAUGGCUCAGAUGAACACUCUAGAGGAGACGAUCAAGACCAACCUGAGCAGAGAGAAUGACUUUGUGAGGGACGGCAUGCAGAAUCUGUCCAAUCAGCUGAAGAGGUAUGAGAAUUACUCUGACAUCAUGACCAGCAUCAAAAAAGAGAUCUCCAGUCUGGGACUCCAGCUCUUACAGAAAGACGCUGCCGCGGAAAACAAGGCACAGAGUACGGACAGCAAGAAGGCAAAGGACGCCACUAAAGCUCCAAACAAAAAAGCUGCAGUCCCCAAACCUCCUCCAAAGCAGCCCAAAGAGAAGCCAGUCAAGCCCAAAAAAGAGCCGGCCAAAGGGGCCAAGGCGGCCAAGCCGGACCCCACCGCCAAAACCAAGACACUCAGCAACCAAGGGGGAGUGAUCCGGGGUAUCACUUACUACAAAGCAUCCAGGGCUGAGGGCUCGGACUCCAGCACAGCCGGGAGAGGAGAGAGAGCGGAAAACCCAGCCAAAACUCACACCAUCCAUCACAUUGAAGACAAAGGGGGUUCCGAAAUUGUCUUGGAAGCCAUUGAGCCUACCACGGCCGUGCCAACGACAACAACAAAAACGUCCACAACAACAACAACAACAACCGCCGCCAAGACAACAACGACCACCGCACAAACAGCUGCCACAAAAACCAAUGCCGCCAAGUCAUCCACCACCAGCUCCACCACCACCACCAGCACAGCUGCACCACGUAAACAUAAAGCAUUUCCAAUUCGUAUUUUGUUCUCCUUUCUUGUCCCAGAUAAGUGGCAGGAAUGUGAAGGCACCAUAGCCGCCGUGGAGAUGCCCGAGAGGCACCACAGUUACGGACGCAACGAGGGGGCCUGGAUGAAAGACCCGCUUGCCAGGGACUCUAAGAUCUAUGUGACCAACUAUUACUACGGCAACAACCUGGUGGAGUUCCGGAACUUGGAGAAUUUCAAGCAAGGUCGCUGGUCUAACCUCUUCAAGCUCCCCUAUAACUGGAUAGGAACGGGUCACGUGGUUUACAAAGGUGCGUUCUACUACAACAGAGCCUUCACCCGAAACAUCAUCAAGUACGACCUGCGGAUGCGUUACGUGGCAGCCUGGACCCUCCUUCAUGACGUGGUCUAUGAGGACACCACGCCUUGGAAGUGGAGGGGACACUCGGACAUCGACUUUGCCGUGGACGAGAGCGGUCUGUGGGUCAUUUACCCGUCUGUAGACUACGACUACUCCCAGCAGGAGGUCAUCGUCAUCAGUAAACUCGACCCCGGCGACCUCUCGAUGAAGAAGGAGACCACGUGGAGAACGGGGCUUAAGCGGAACUCGUACGGGAACUGUUUCAUCAUCUGCGGGGUACUGUACGCUGUGGACGUGUAUAACCAGAAGGAAGGUGAGAUUUCGUACGCCUACGACACGCACACCAACACCGAAGCCACGCCCCGGCUACCCUUCACCAACGCGUACGCUUUCACCACGCAAGUGGACUACAACCCCAAAGAGAAGGUGCUUUACGCCUGGGACAAUGGUCACCAGCUCACUUAUAACAUUCAUUUCGUGGGCCAAUGA